UCAAGGUUGGUGGUACUUCUCCUCCCGAACGAACGUAACUAAUCCAAGGCUAGCUAGCUUGGCAGCAGCUAUAUAUGACCACCCCCCAUUCGUUGCCAUUGUUUCCUUGCACCCCAUCACCGGCAACAACUUCAUUCCCCUCGACUCAACACCAUCGUCUCCCCUCCCCUCCUACUCCCUCUCAUCAGUUGUUGCUGGUUUUAGGCUAUAGCUAGGUGGAUCAUUUCACUCCAGCUACAGUAGUGCCUUCUUUAUCUAUCCUCUAGUGAUCGCUGUGUGUGUGUGAGAGAGAGAUUCACCCGUCGACCAUGAGCAUCUCCGUGAACGGGCAGUCGGUGGUGCCGCCGGGGUUCCGGUUCCACCCGACGGAGGAGGAGCUGCUCACCUACUACCUCGCCAAGAAGGUGGCCUCGCAGCGCAUCGACCUCGAUGUCAUCCCCGACGUCGACCUCAACAAGCUUGAGCCAUGGGACAUCCAAGAGCGCUGCCGGAUCGGAACCGGCCCGCAGAACGAUUGGUACCUGUUCAGCCACAAGGACAAGAAGUACCCAACGGGAACGCGCACCAACCGCGCCACCGCAGCCGGGUUCUGGAAGGCCACAGGCCGGGACAAGGGCAUCUACUCCGCCGCCGGGUCCGGCCGCAUCGGCAUGCGCAAGACGCUCGUCUUCUACAAGGGCCGUGCCCCACACGGCCACAAGUCUGAUUGGAUCAUGCACGAGUACCGCCUUGACGACGCCGUCGCCGCUGCGACCAGCCCCGUCUUUGCUGCCGGCGACGCAAGUUCCUACUACUCCGGCAUCUCAUCCCCGGUUCGCGGCGUGGCCGGAGACCAGUCGCCGCCGGCACAGGAGGACGGGUGGGUCAUCUGUAGGGUGUUCAGGAAGAAGAACAUCGUCGUGCAGCACCAGAACGGCGGCGGCGCAGCGUCCAACAAGCUGGUCGGCGCCGGUGCCAUGGAGUACAGCCAGAGCAACUGCUCGUCCGCGGUGACCGCCGCCAGCGACAAGGCCAAGGCGCACAUGCACCAGCAGCAGCACCUGCCGCACAGCGACGACGCGCUCGAUCACAUCCUCAGCUAUAUGGGCCGCUCAUCCACGGCAUCCUGCAAGCAGGAGACCAAGCCCACCAACCCGUCAUCGUCAGCGCUGGACCACCUGAUCAACGGCGCGUGCCACAGCGGCAGCAGCACCCUGCAGUACGAUAAGUUCAUGAAGCUCCCACCGCUCGAGCACGUUGUCCCCGGCGGGCUCCUGCCGCCGCCGGCCGAGUACGGCCGUGACUGGGACGAUCUUGACCGGCUGGCGGCGUACGAGCUCAACGGCCUCUCUCACCCAGCGUCGGCAAAUACGACGAAUAGCAUGUCCUACAUCGCCGACGAGCUUGGUGGCACCACCUCCUACUCCGGCGGUGGAACCCUACACGCUUCCUCCGUCACCGGGGCUGGCGACGGUGACCUGUGGAGCCUAGCGCGGUCGGUGUCAUCGCUACACGCCGACUUGGCGAUAACCUGUUUUAACGCUGUCGGAUGUUGACACUGUCCAAGCCCAAACUUGCUUAUUUUUAUAAGGAUAUUUUUCGUAUAUAGAGCUGAUUCAAUCGCACGCACUACAGGAGUGUCCAGAUUCUACAUAACGAGAUGCAGAGUGAAUAUGUUCAAAGAAAUGUUGUCAUACAAAAAAAGAGUAAAAAUAGAUAAAUAACCUAGGAUGGAGGAGGUCCUAUCCAAAGACCACACAACCAUCCAUGAUUGCAGAACACCUUCCUCUGCCGGAGCCUUCUUCAUCAACUUUGCUGCAAUGAUGACGAUGUGGGGAUAGUGCUCUUUGGACCAUGGGUUCCAAACAGUAGCUAUGUGUCAUCUGUUGUAUGUCGUUCUUCAAUACAGAGAUGUCUAACAUUAUUGUGAUCA